AUGGGCGGGGGCGCUGGGAAGGCCAAGUACCAGGUGAACGUCACGAGGUCUAGCGAGGCGCUCAGCCCACAGAGUUCUCCGAGCACGAGCCCGAAGUCAGCCAAGAGCGACGAUAAUCCAGGCGAGGGCGCGAAGCGCAUCAGCGACUACAUCAAAGGCACCCCGGAGACCGUGCGGAAAGAUUACGUGUCCACCGCGGAGGGCGCCAGACACCCCGACACCGUCGGCGUGUCCGGCCCCGCUUUGCCCAGGAUAGAGAGCUCGAAGAGGGUUGGCGGGAAGGCUCCAGACCCCAAGGGCAGCAAGGACCGCGCGGGCGCCGAACACCAGGACGGCAAGAGCAGCAGAAUGUCGCAGAGCCAGGGCAGCAAGGGCCGCAACGGCAGCAUGGACGAGAACCGCGAGCCCGAUCGCGUGCGCAGCAAGGACACUUCCGAGGAUGGCAAGUGGCACAGCAAGCAUUGCAACAACAAGCAGCUCGUGAUCGCGACCACCAUUCAGCAGGCGUACCCCUUCGACCCCUACGCGUCGAAGAAGAUCACCAAGAAGGAGGAGCACUUCGGCAUGAGCGAUCGCAAGAUUGGCUUCGGGGAGAUCUCCAUCCCGAAGACGGGUCCGCGAAAGCUCAUCAGAAGGGCCUGCGCGAGGCUGCUGGUGGACGUCGACGACAAGGACCACCGCGAGGGGCCGUUCUACUACUGCCGGCGCCUCGGCGCGGCCUGUGCCGGGUAG